AUGGUUCGCAAUCUCCCUUGGUCUACCGCAAAUGAAGAUCUCGUCGAGUUGUUUGAGACUACCAGGCAAGUUGAGCUCGCUGAAAUCCUUUUCGAUGGCGCUAGAUCCAAGGGAUGCAGUGUUGUUCAGUUUGCCCAGGUUCCAGAGGCAGAGACAGCUAUUGAUGAACUAGGUUUAUUCUCGACUUUAUGCACUAUCCGUGCAGACACAUCAAAAAUUGCUGAGAAACUCACGCCUAAGCAAUCCACCGAAGGUCUCGUGUAUUAUGCGAUGGAGAUCAAAGUGGUUCUUCUCUUCAGUUUGACAGAAUUGAAGGCUAUGAUCAUAAUCAUCUCAAGAGUCCUCUUUAGGGAUUAUUGUGAUGGUGCUCGUGUGCCUUGA